UCCGAGGCGAUCGCACGCCGCCACCGCUGGCCCCGGACGCGCGGCAUGAGUUUCUGGGCGUAUACCCCGCGUCGCGAGUGCGUGUGCCAUUGUGAAUAACGCAUGCCGUGAUCACAGCUCGGGCCGGAGCCUCGGCCGCCAUGGGCAACUCUUGCAGCUCCGGGCAAGCACACAAAGACAAGGACAAUAUAUCACAACAAUCUGAGGAGUACACGAUAGCGUCGGAAGAUGCCAAAAGAUCGCCGUCGUACCGCGCAGCGCGACCGGCGGAGGCCGAGACGUGUCUCACGCAGCGGCCGGAGCCCGAGCGGCCGACCGACGUCAAGGAGAAGAAGCCCCAGCUCAAGGGACCCAGGCCUGUCGGCUCUAGUGUCUCUGACUCCAUAUCGCUCUCAUCUCCCGUGGCGUGUGCAUCUCCCCGCGAAGAUGUGGAGGGUCCUCCCAUGCCGGUCAACGUGGCGUCCCUGCCGGAGGAGCACCGCGCCUCGCUCCUGGGAAGACUGCCCGGACAGAGGCUCAGGCGGCGCCGCGCCAUGCUCAUAUAUGUCUGCGCUGCUGACUCGCAAGAUUGCUGCGCGGAGAAAGGCGCGCUGCAAUGCGGCGCGGCGGCACGAUUACGCGCUCGUGCUCGCGGUCGCGGCUGGCGAGUGCACGUGGCCGACCUCCACUGGCGCUCGCCGCUGGAGCAGCAGCGCGACCACCGCUUCCCCGUGCUCUGUAUAGCUGAGCUUGCACGCCAGUCAGAGCUGGGCGCGGUGGUGCCGGUGCUGUUCCUGAACUCGGGGCUGGGCACGCCGCUGCUGCCGCACACGCUGGAGUGCGCCGACUUCAAGGCCGCGCUGGACGCCGCCGACGACGACAACGACAAGGCUCUGUUGAACAAAUGGUACAGCCUAGACUCGAGCACGACGCCGCCAUGCUACCGGCUGGUGCGAGGUGCGCCCGCGCGCUGGCGCCGCGAGAUGGCGCGAACGCUCAGUGUUUUAGUGCGCACGCUGCCACAGGAGGCCUGCGACGCUUACCUCACCACCGUCGUCGAACAGGAAGUCCAGCACACAGUGCUAAUGAGCGUGGAAGCAGCGCGGCGCUGUGUUUGGGUGUGGCGCGCGGGCGCGGGCGCGGCGGGCGCGGGGGCGGGGGACGCGGAGCCCGCUGACCACGCCCACCACAGCGAGCUGCAGCGCCGGCUCAACAACGUGCAGAAGGACCUCAAGCUGCACCUAAGCGAGCGUAACAUAAUUCGCGCGAGCGUUCGCGGGCGAGCGGCGGCCGACGACGACUACACGGAGAGCGUUCGCGCGGCGCUUGGCGAGCGACUCGACGCGUUGCUCGACGCCCUUAUAGCGGACAAUGAGAUGCCGGCCGGGUAUAAUGGGAUACCUACUAGUUUAUUCGACGAGAUCAGCGAACACCUCUCGUUCUGUCAGAAAGCGGCGCAAUGUACUUCCAAUAGAGAAAUCACCUUGAACGAGCUCAAAUCGUAUAUAACAGGGGACAGUAACAUCCCCCUCGCCCUGAUAGGGGGUGCCGGCUGCGGGAAGGCCACGCUGGUGGCCCGGGCCGUCAGCCUCGCGCCGCAGUGCCAGCAGGAUCUGGCCGUCAUUGUCAGGUUCGUAGGGCUGACUCCGCAGUCCAGCAGCUCGCACCAGCUGCUGAAGUCGAUAGUGGACCAAUGCUACGUGCUGUACACCGGCUCCGUCUACAGGGGACGCAAUGACGCUCAAUCGCUGGGCGGCGCCCUGCGUCGCGCGCUAGCUGGUCUAGGGCGGGCGCGGCCGGUGCUUCUAGCUGUAGUUGGUGCAGACGCCCUGCGCGGUGCCCGAUGGCUGCCCGAGCGGCUGCCUGAUAACGUCAAGAUGAUCGUCACCGUCACCGAAGAGACCGACGAGCCUUCCAGCUCGGCGAUCAUGGCGGUGCUAUCCUCAGACGAGGGUCCGAAGGUGGUCCGAGCGCCGCCGGUCGGCGCGGAAGAAGCGAAGGCAGUGCUCACCGCCUGUGCUGCCACCUACAGCAAAACGGGAGCUGCUUCGCCACCAGAGGCCGCUGUUAAAGCCGUGCAGAAGUGCACCUUACCGCUGUACGCUAAGAUCCUAGCAUGGCAGAUAUCCCUAUCAGCAGAGACCUUCACCGAGCAAUCAGAACCAGAGACCACUCCAGAACUGGUCAUCUGCGAGGACCUGGAAGGCCAGCUCAUCCAGAUCCUGGUGACGACUGAGGCGGCCUUAGGAGCAGAAAGGGUUAAGAACUGCCUGGCGCUGUUAACAGCUUCGAGGAGAGGGCUGGAUGAUACGGAGAUCCUGGAUAUGUUGGCCCAUGAUGAGCUGUUCAGGAGUGAGGAGACUUACUUACCCUGGGCACCAGCGUCCCUAUUCUGGCCGCAACUAGCCGCACUACUGUCCCCCUGGCUUCGGUGGGACGCCCGAGGCGCGGCGCGGUGGCGGGAUGCCGCGCUGGCGGGUGCGGCGCGGGACAGAUACUUGGCGGACUGCGAACAUGACGUUAGGAGGACGCUGAUAGAGUACUACGAGGGCGCCUGGUUCACGGAAAACGACCCUAAAAUGGCUGGAAGACUGAUAUCACAAGAAAACAAAUUUUCAGAAGAAUACUACAACACUAGAAAACUAGACGAGCUGCCAUUCCAACACUACCAUCUCUACAAAGAUGAGCCAGAAACGUUCGCGAAUCAGCCCUACUUCACCCAAUUAGAAUGGGUUCACGACAAACUCGCAGCCACCGAUUGCGGGCACUUUUUAGAAGACCUGGAACUAGUUCACAUAGACCCACUCCCAGAACACAUUGAGAUACUGAAAGAAGUCUUCGAAGUCAACUCUUACGCUCUAGAUUACGACCACAGACAAAUCUACGGCGUUUUAAGUAUGACUUUAGAAAAAAGACAAAGAGAUGGUGCGUCAGUGAAGAGUGAAAUAGUCCAGGAGUGGCUGAAGGUGAUCAAGAACCCUCCAGUGCCAACGUUCUUCCCUAUAAAUGAGAACUUCUACAAGAUAUGUGAGGGCAAGGAUAAGAGGGACUUGUCAGCUGUGGAAGGGUUUGACAGCAAGACGUUUGAUCUGAUCGUGAGGUUCGACCAGAGGGAAAAGUUUGUGGCGACGGUUUCGACGGAGAGGGAGGAGAUUUGCGUCUGGGACGUCACGACGUGCAAGAUGGUGCGCAAGCUGACAGGGGUGACGCACCCCAUCAACCUGGUGCCGGUGGACGAGCACCGCUGCGUGGUGCUGUGUCGCCGCGAGCUGCGCGUCUACGACCUCGACCAGGGCAAGUUCCUAGUGGCGCUGAAAGGCGUGAUGAACCAGAAGAUGCCGUUCUACGGGCUCCACGACUCCAAGCACCUGGUGGCGCUCUCCAGGAACCGAAUGUAUGUCAACCUGAUGAACAUUGAGACUGGUGACUGUGUGACCACGUUCAAAGCUGGUGAAGACAGGUUCCUAAAUUCACUGCUCGUUUCGGGUGACGGAAGGAUAUUGGUGUGUGGUGAUGAGACACAGAAGCCUUUCCCACUGCUGGUGUGGUCAUUGACGUCCAGAAAGCUUUUAUACGACUUGAGGAUACCACAUCACGACUUUGUGACUUCAAAAGCCGCUAUAACUUAUGAAGGAUCGUACGUGUGCGUAGUCUCCCGGGAGCUAGACGAGCCGAGCCCGAACUUCAUAGUGGUGUACGACCUGCAGUCCGGGACACUAUUCAAGAAGUGGAAGCCGGGCUGCGACACCGUGGCACUGGCCAUAAGCUCGGUGGACGGAUGCGUCGUGUCCGGGCUCGCGGACACCAGGAUACUGGUGUGGGACUUGAUCACUGGCAACUGCCGGCUGACGCUGCGCGGGCACGUGGCGGCGGCGUCGCUGCUGCGGCUGGCGCGCUCGGGCGGCGUGCUGCUGUCCGCCGACGACUCCGGCCGGGACCCGUCCGUGCGCCUGUGGGACCUGCACUCAGGUAAACUAAUAUCAGUGUACACGCCUCCCGAGCGCAUAACCUCCUGCGAGAUUGUCUUAGGGGGCUCCGUACUGGCCCUCACUUUAGAGAACGUGCCCCACAUAGUCUGCGCUCGCCUGCUGCCCGCGCCAGUCACGCAGCCCUGCCACGACCACCGGCCCUAUGGACAGAUGCCCGACUGCUGAUAUUCGAAGGAACAGGAAGGUACGAUCACGCGUCAAGUCGACAAGAUCAAACGCCUCCAAAACGUCGCUUUACCGUCGAUGUAGUUUAUGAACAUUCAAACUGUAAGAACCGUUAAAUUUAAACUUCAAUGAAAUCUACAAUUGAUUUAAAACCUUAUUAUUAAAGUGACUCUACAAACAUUUAACAGGUACAAUCCAGUUUGGAUUGGAUUUUUGCAGGAUUGCAAGUUCAAAAAAAUAUACUACGUUUUGGAGCCAGUGAAAAUCAAAACUUUUUGACACGCCAAAUAACUGGCUACACUAUUAUUUAUCAUAAUGUAUAGUAGGUAAAUAUUAUUAUCCAAAGAUCUUAAAUGGUUCGGCACGACGUAGGACAAGCUACCUCUGAUACCUAAGUCUUUUGUACAUGUAUCUUUAUGUAUCUACCCUCUACAUGUCACAGAGUCCUGCAAUUUUAAACAGAAAUAAUAAAAUUAACUGAAGGACGUACAAUAUUUCUGAAACCAAUGUCUGUUCACUCUAGUCCAAAAUUUGUGCCAGAAUUAUUAAUAUUAAAAAUGAUAGAAGUAAAAAACAUUAUGCAUGCUACUCACUAUUAAUUUAGAUUGCAUAUAAUGGCACGAAUCCUAAAAUAAGAUUCUUGCAGUGCAAUAUUGUUCAGUAAAUGAAUAAUUGAUUACUAAGUUCUUACUGUAAAAACAUCCUUUUCAUUUCUAAUAAUAGUAGCAUACAUAAUGAAAAUUAAAUAAGUAAGUACUUAAAUAUAAAUGGAUGGAGACGUAACGAGUAUUCAAAGUUUACGAGAAAAAGUUUGUGGAACUUGAUAAAGCAAUCGCCCAGUGACUUACGACCGAAAUAUGAAUGAAGUGAAUAAAAAACAUUAAUGUUUUUGAUCUAUUACGCUUAUUAAUUACAUUAUUGAAUUAAUGAAAUUAUAUUUAGUGAAUCCUCUAUCUGUAAUGUUGAUGUUUAGGUGUAAUUUUGUGGUGAUUAGGUUUAAGGGAUGAGUUAUGUAUAAGUCAAUUUUUCGUGUUUUUUCCGCGCAAAUAACGGCUAGCCUUUGCGUUGUGCUGGUCAAACUGAUCUUCCUUAAACAGAUGUUGUGCACAUUAAGUAACGUUUAAUAAUUGGGUGGGAUCAAUCAAGGCAAAUCAAGGCUCUUUCGGCUACCGACAGAGAUUUAUACUACAAAAUGGAGAGAGAAACCCAGCUCUGCGUGAAAGAAGUAAAAUCAUAAAUCCUGAUUGGUCUUACUAUAGUUAAGGUGUAGGAUAUUCUACCAAUGUGUCAUUAAAUCUUUGUUGUUGUUACUUCUAUCUUGUUUUAAAUCAUGGUCAUAAACAUUAGAAUAAAUUACUUUUUUAUUGCUGAGUUUCCGACGAUGUAAACCGAAAACUAUCAAAAUUAAAAUCAAACUUUAUAUUCCACCUAUCAUCAUGAAGUGCCUGCUUUUAGGCAUUUGCGUUGUUACAUUAAAAGCAUCGAUUUAAUGAUCGUUGGAAAAAGACGCUUCUUUUCAUUAAUUUGUGCGAAACGCUUAAUUUUUGUAGUCAUUUAUUUUAACCUUGUGUCUAUCCGAAUUCUACGCUAACAUUCGUACUUAAUGUAUACUUAGUCAUAGAUUUUUGUAAUUACCAUAUCUGUAUAGAGUUCAUAAGCAAUACCUUUUAGAGAAGUAGCACACAUGGUUUUAUUUUUAAAGAAAAUUUAAUUUUCCUUAUACAAAAUUACAGAUAAAAAUAUAAAAAGAAAUUAUACAGAUUAUACUAACACAUUUUAAUGCAAGAAUCAUUAUUAUAUGUACCUAUAAGAUGCUGGUUCAUCAUGUAACGGAUAGUGUCCUUUAAUGUGUUAGCAUGCAAUGGGUCUUCAAGCAAAUGUUGCUACUCGUAGAAAUGGAUUUUCAACAUUGCGUGCAAUUUUUUCAUGGAACUAUAAGUAUUGUAAAAAGGUAUAAAAUAAGUAUAGUAGUAUUUGUGUUUUUACUUGAUGCAAAUGACUCCAACUAUCUUUGAAAUUAAAUCAAGUGUUUUACCAUGGUUACAAGUAAGAGAUUAAAGCAGUUGUUCUUUUAAACCUACUGUAUUACAAGAAUCCAAAAUAUUAUUGUGAUUAUUAUUAGAGAUUAUUUUACGAUUAUGUCUGCUUUAAUAAUUUCAUCGUUGAAAGAAAAAGCACAAUAGUUAAAACGUAAUGCACAAUUUGUUGUUUUUUGUUCAAAGCGCAGCUGGGGAUGGUCUAAGUAGGACUUAUACUUUAAAAUAUGGUUUAAAAUAGUAAUAUUUUUAGAUGCGAAAAGUACCUGUUUUUGUUUAUUUACAAUUGUAUAUUUUAGAUUGGUCGAUAGACAUAAAAUAUUAUGAAUAGACUAAGUACAUACUACUUACAGCAAAAGUUGGUAUGUGUAAGCACAAGUUUCUGAGAGGUUUUUUAUGAUAAAGGGUAUUACAUACCUAGUUAUAUUUUAAAACCAUCCCCGUCUCUGCCUCAGCUUCAUAAUGUUCCAGCUAACGCUUCUCGACCAAUGCAAACUAAAAUAACUAGGUUAAUCUCGUCUUAUCUAAUAAUUGAGUGAACUGAGUCUCGAUGUCUUCUAUGUGAUUCGUUUUUGUAACUUUCGCUGCCAUAUUUUUAACGUAUCUUAAGAAAUCAAGGGUGUAGCCAGACGGAACGAAAGCGGACCCAAAAUAGUUCCCUGCGUAACACCUUUUAAGUACUAAAAAGAAUCGUUCUCUCUGACUACUCCCUUGCAUGUAAUUAACCAUAUUUUCUUAUUGAUUUAUCUUGGGCACAAUAUAAUGAAAUGACAUAUUAAAGUAGGUGUUAAAAAUAUUCUGCCUUCCAUGGGGUUCCGAUAAUGUACAAAUAAAGUAAGAUAAUCUAAUUGUAUUAAUAAUAAUUAUUGUACUGUUUAGCCAUUGUUGAGUUUCAACGGAAAAAACGGUGUAAUUAAUAUUGUUUAGAAUAUUUUUCUAAACUUUUAUAAUUUUGGUGGCGCUAGUGGCAAUUCGCAAAAGUUUUGUAACUUGUGCGCUAGUUAUUUAACGUAAAUAAGUACGUAAUUAUUUGCUGUUUUCAAACAAUUUUGCCAAAGUUAAGAAAACUAAAUAUUGUAUGCUCAAAACUACAAUAUAGACGCACUUUAUUAUUCUCGGAAUCCCCAAUCCCUUGCCCAAUCUUUAGUAGUCAAAUAGAAAGUAACUACUAAAUGAACUUAUGAAUUCUCUUCAAAUGUACAAAAUAUGUACUAAGACACUUUCGUUACAAUAGAUUAUUUUAAGUAGUCCGCACAUUUGUUAAUUUAAGAAAGAUCUUUUCAUAAUGUCCAUUUGGUGUGUUCCAGUUUUUCAAAUCCGAUUAUCAAUACACAAAGAUCUAGACCAAAUCGAUUUGAAAAACAACAUUUUAAAUGUUUUUUUAUUUAUAAUAUUUUGAGAGCAAGCAGGCUGGUCCCUGUUUUAACUGAUAUUCUAUAAUAUUAAGUAAAUUUUAUGGUCACUACGUAGCGAUCAAUUUGAAAUUAAAUUUAAGCGAUGUAAAUUAAGAAGAAUGGUGUAAUCAAUUGACUUGUUAAAAUUAUUUAUGUAUUCUGGAAAGUUACGUAACUACUUGAUGUCCUGAUUAAAUUAUUGGAAAAUAAUACAA